UUUACAUGCUCGACAAUGUAUAGCCAGUGCUAAUUCUUAAUUUGUUGAAAAGAGAAAUUAAUUUCAUUGUAUACUACAGCUGUUCUCUUACGGGUUCACAGCAGAUGGCAUCUCAGAUCCCCACAAAUGUCCGAGGCCAGCCUGCAGCCGCCAGCUCCGCCGCUCUCCGGGGGAAGAAGCGCUCCGGCAGCCCGGCGGCUACAGCCGCUCCGCAGGCAGGAGGGAGCGGCGGCAAGAAGAAGAAAGGGCCGCCGACAGCAGCACCGACACAGGCGCAGAUAGCAGCAGUGGACACAGUGACCGAGGUGAAGGCAGCUGGAACUGUAGACAGCGGCCCGGCCACCACAGAGUCCACUGCAAAGCCUCCCCCAUUCAAAGAUCCCACAUUCAUGCACUCUGGGAUUGGUGGAGCAGCGGCAGGCAAAAAAAACAGGACCUGGAAGAACCUCAAACAGAUUCUGGCUUUGGAACGGACUUUGCCCUGGAAGGUCAAUGAUCCCAACUACUACAGUAUUGAUGCCCCUCCCUCCUUGAAGCCUGCCAAGAAAUACUCUGACAUCUCUGGACUGCCUGCAAACUACACAGACCCUCAGACCAAGCUCCGCUUCACGUCCUCUGAGGAGUUCUCCUACAUCCGCCUCCUGCCCACUGAUGUUGUUACUGGAUACCUGGCACUCCGGAAGGCAACUUGCAUUGUGCCCUGACAGCCCAGCAAGGCUGUGAACCUCCAGCAGGUUCUAGAUACAAAACAGAACUGACCUCAUGUCAGUCUCACUGUCAGCCAUGAGACUGAAGAGGCUGAGACUGUGAGGGCACAAGUUGUUCACAGUGAGGGAGACUGAAUGUGACCAGUGGUGACAGGACCACUGCUGGAGCUCCUCGGCUGGCCACCAUAAGAAGGCCAGCGGAGGCCUUCUUAAGAAGACUGUCGUAGUCAAAAUGUGACUAAAUGUUUGACAUUCAGCAGAAGAAGAGCAAUGUAUAAAUAAUCUUUAUGAAUUAUUCCAGUAUUUGUGAGACAAAUAACUCCCAUGGUGGGCCACGCAGUCGUAAGAUUGAAUAUUCUUUCAACAGUGACUGUCAAAGAGAAAUGAUGUCGCUAUGCUUCUGAUAAGUAUUGGUGUUUGGCCAUAAUAAAUAAUUGAUGGUCUACACACCCUGGCUUCCAAAAGCAGCCACCCUAUUGCAACAGAUUGCCUCUAUCUGACAGUGACAGAGCAAUGAAUCUUAAAGUUGAAGUUUGUAGAGCAUACAUAUAUAUAUAUAUAUAUAUAUAUAUAUAAUUUUUUUUUUUACCAAAUUAUAUUUGAGAAUUUUUGUCUUUAUUUUGAGUUGUGGAGAUAAAUAGGACAGACUGACAAGACAAAGAGCCAUGUCAUGUUACAAAGGUGCCAGACCAGACUUGACCUAGGAUGUUGCAGUUAGUUGAUACUUGUCUUGGCCCAGUGAUCUACAGAGCCACCUGAGAACAGAAUCUGGAGCAGUGCAAGACUCAGACUUCUCGACAAAACACUUUGAUAGCCUAUAUGAUCCUUCUCAGUAUGUGACACCUCUUGGCCACGACAGUGUACUAGACUGUGUACGUUGGUACUAAUGCCAAAUUUAUUUAAAUCACAAAAAAAGUUUCAAGAGAAAAUUAUAUGCUCCCAGUGAAAGUCGGCAUGUGAACAGUGUUUAAUUCCUCAUAGGGAACAGAAUGGGCUGUAUAGUUUUUCAAAAAUCAACAAUCAGAUAUUGUUAUACUUGAUCAAAUAACCUUCCUGGUUGGCUUGAUUGAAUUGUUACAUGUCAGGUGAGUCUGGGACCUACCUGGGACACAGUUUCCCUCAGUUAGAGCCAGGUGUAGGCUAACACCUUCUGUGUCCUGUGGAACAAACAGACCCAAAUUCUGAAUACAGGCACUAUCUGCAGAAUAUGACACUGACUUUUUGGGAGUAGGACAGAUGACGCAUGUUCCCUUGUCUUACGAGUAUGUGUGGUUCUACAUGGUUAUGCUGUUGCUCUCUGUAGAGUCUCAGUAACUGUUUUCAUGGGGUAUUGAAAAAUGUUCAGAAGUGGUUGUCAAGAGUUGUUUUUGGAAUGCACUCAUUUGAGCCAAUAUAGCAAACAAGAAUAUGCAA